UCAUUCCCUGCAAACAAUACUGUAAUACAAAAAGAAAGCCAAGGCGGCCAAGCACCUUUCCUUUAUCUUGGGACACCACUCGCAACCAAAUUUAUUCACAGAUUAUAUAUCAGAUUAGAUGCUGAGCGGCGGUGGUGAAUUUAUAAUUACCGUUAUUUUAGCAGCCUCCAUCGUUGGUUCCUCCUUAUCACACAGCUCAUCGGCUACUGUGGAUUUAGAAAGCGAGAGGACACUAGCAAUAGUGAAACCAGAUGGGGUUUCGGGUGACUAUACUAGCUCAAUAAGGAAGAUUAUACAGGAAUCUGGCUUCAGCAUCCAAAGAGAAGUUACACUACACCUUGAUGAAGAUAGGGUGACUAGAUUUUAUGCCGAGCACUCUACAAAGAGUUUCUUUCCAAGCCUUGUUAAAUAUAUGACAAGUGGCCCAGUUUUGGUAAUGACCCUGCAGAAAAAUAACGCUGUUGCUGAUUGGCGUGCUCUUAUCGGACCGACUGAUGCACACAAGGCUAAAGUUACCCAUCCGGAUAGCAUCAGAGCCAUGUGCGGGGAGAGUUUAGAGCGAAACUGUGUUCAUGGUUCAGAUUCACCAGAGUCAGCUGCAAGGGAGAUUUCAUUUUUCUUCACAGAUACGUCUCCAGAAGGAACAACUUUGAAGCACGAUGAACUCUGAACCAUACUCUGAAAAAACAAAACUAUGCUGUCAAGAGCCUAUAUCUUUCACUUGAUAAUGAGUGAAUUGUAAUUGGGACCAUUGGAACCUAUAGCCGAAGUUGUGGGUGUAAAAAAUGGUUUUGUACCAUUUAAGUGCGCCUUGGUCUAAGAAAAUUGCUAGUUACUAUUUUUGGAUAUGUUAGCAUUUUAUUGUACGAAAUUACAGUGCAAUUUUAAGGCACUUAAAAAGAUGUACUCCUUUAUCAGCUGAAAGUAUAACCAAUUACAUUAUCCAGCUGCGUUAGGCUGAAGAUGAAUGAUCAGUGAUCAUGACUGGUGACAAAAUUCUUUAUUCAAGAUGUCUAUAUAAUUUAAUGCC